AUGUAAAGUUCAAACGAAUAAACUAAGGGAAAAGGAUUAAAAUUUGUUUGUCUAAGUGAUACUCAUAAUUAACAUCCAAAAAAAUUAGAAAAAGGAGAUGUUCUAAUACACUGCGGAGACUUUACUUGUGCAGGUGAUUACAAAGAAGUUUAAAAUUUUAACAGAUGGCUUGACGAAUAGAAAGAAUUUAAAUAUAAAAUCAUCAUUGCUGGAAAUCAUGAUUUAAGCUUUGAUACUAGAAAAUAUCCAUAGCUACUGAAUUAUCAGGAGCUCUAAUAAGAGAUUUAAUAUUUAAAAAAGAAUUUUAUUUAUUUAGAAAAUUCUGAUGUUGAUAUUGAAGGAUAUAAAAUAUGGGGCAGUCCACAUUCCUUAGAAUACUGGUAUGGAGCAUUUUAGAUAUCUCCAGAUGAAUCUGAAAAUAUUUGGAAAAACAUACACGAUUAAACAGAUAUUGUAUUAACGCAUGGACCUCCAUAUGGCCAUGGGGAUAUGUCCAAAAGUGAAGUUCAUAAUAAUGUUGGUGAUUAAUAACUAUUAUAAAGAAUUAAAUAAAUAAAACCAAAAUAUCAUAUUUUUGGUCAUAUUCAUGAAGCCUAUGGAAAAACAGAAGAGGAUGGCAUCACAUUUAUUAAUUGUUCUUAUUUCAAAAAUGGAUAUUCAUUUGGAAACAAACCUUUUUCGUUUACUCUUCCUUACAAAGAAUAACAAAACAGAUGA